CAGUCUCUGACGGCACCUCCCUCCGGACAGGAGACACAUACACAGACAGACACACUGACAGACUGGCAGGCCUGAGCUGAGAAAGGCAGACAGCUAGACACCCACAGAGAUAGACAGAAAGACAGGCAGGGCUGACAGACAGAGGCUGAGCUGAGGGAGAAGUGACUGUAUGUCAGACUGCACUGGAUCCUGGGACCAACUCUCAUCAGGUUACCGCGGGAGACGUCGAGGCAGACAGGCUGUCACCUCAUCAUAUCAGCGGUGUAACCGACCAGCUGGCCAGAGGGCAGAAACAGGCCGACGCCCAGACUGGCAGUAAACAAACGAUGUGACAACAAACAACCCUUACAGCUGAAGCCUGCCGACGAUGGAGAAACAAAACGGAAAUGCUCCUAAAGCCCCAGAGAACGGAGUGACGGGGAAGCCUCCUCUGUACUCAGUGGAGACUCCAUACGGCUUCCGUCUGGACCUUGACUUCCUCAAGUACGUGGAUGAUAUUGAGAAGGGCCACACGAUGAAGAGGGUCCCGGGCCAGCGCCGCAGCAAGGUGCAACGUCCCAGCACCCUGCCCAGACACCUCAAUCUCUCCGGGCACGGCUACCGGCCAAGCCCCUGGGGAUCCACUGGAGCGCUGGUCCCCAGGUCCCAAACUGCCGACCCGCACCACGGCUACGGCUCCAGGGCUUAUGAUGGCAGGUCACCAACCUCUCCUGGGGGAUACAGGUCUGUGGCGGAGAUGGAGGCCAGUAUCCGGGCCUUUGACGAGCAGCCCCUGGGGGAGCAUAUCAGGCCGAGUCUCAUGCGGGCCACCAGCCUGCCACUCACUGUCCUGCUGAGGAAAGGCUAUGAGUCGACUGAAGACAUUUUGUGCCCCCCGGACAGCUCGUCUGACCGUCUGUCCAGCCAAGACGUCUCUGGGAACCUCCGCCGCCUCACUGAAGCGCUGGAGCGUGUGGCCCUGCUGGAGGAAGAGGUCCGGGUUAUCCCGGAACUCAAGGCACAAAUCUGCAUCCUGCAGGAGGAGAGGGAGAGGCUCCGCCUUGGGCUGGACCCCCGACCAGGGUUGAGGAACAGAGACCCCUCUUGUGUGCAUGACCACAGAAGUCCUGGGAACAAGAGAUGCCUCUUCUCCCGCGAAGAGGACGACCCGAACCAGGCGCACGAGUGGAGGACGAGCACAGACCUGGACGAGCUCCUCACAGUCACUUCCCUGCAGGCCAAAGUGGCCGUCCUGGAGCAGAAGCUUCAUCAAAGCAGCCUGGAGCUCCAGAAGGCCACAGCGCUCCUGAAGGAACAGAAGACAGAGGCCCAGAGGAUGAAGGACGUGGGGCGCCCGCUGACCAGGAACAGUGAAGGUUGGGUGAGAGCUGAGAGAGAAACGGAAAACUCCCCUAAGUGGGUCUCGGCAGGUCCAGGAGGUAUGUCCACUCCAGGAAAGUUGCAUUCGGGAGAAGGUUUUGCGACCAAUACAGUGACCAUCACUGCAAACAGGCUGGACUCCGGAACUCGGACGGAAGGCCUCGGAGUAAUUCAUAUUCCGGCUUUGACUAGCUCUUCCAAGAUGGCGGUCCGAGAGAACAAUCUCAGAGCUGGUCAAAAUAGUCCAGAAAGGGUGGCCCAUGACUUGGUCAAAGAACCAGGCCGAGAGGAACUCAUGGAGCACAUGUCUAAGGAGGAGACCUCCCUGGGGGUCGUGGACCAAGCUGUGGCAGCUUUCCACGUGAGGAGGAUCCAGGUUCUGCUGGAACAGCAGUGGGAGUGUCUCUGUGGGGAGAGAGCACCAGGAGAGGCCAGGGCCCCGGAGCAUCCAGACUCCAAGGUCAAUUCACUACAGGAGGAGAUUAGGAGUCUGGUGCAUGUUCUUUCUUCCUACUACAACCAAGGACCCAGUGACGGAGAAGCUUCUCGGGGAGUCCCACAAUCUAUUGUGAAGAGAAAUGGCGGGGUGCGGAUGUCUGGGAACCUCCACUUUGCUGGUGUGAAUGGCAGCUUUAAAACAACACAGGAUGAGGAUUCUGCCUGUAAGAACCACCCCCAAAACGUCUUAGCAUUACGGCAACAGGCAGGGGUUCACGCCCCCCCUGAGGUCAUGGGAGAGACGGGGCGUUUUGGCUCCAGUGACGGAGACACGACCAAUGGAGACCCAGGCCCAGGGGUUAUGAGAGGAGCUAGUUCAAGGGACUGGACUACAGAACGGGAGGGCAGGACACGUGGCAUUGAGAUGAACACAAGCGCGGCCAUAGAGGAACCCACGGAGGCGAAGCCACACCCAGAGACCAAUCAGGAGCCACAUAACAGAGAGCACGUAGAUGGGCAGUUCAUAGAAGCGUGUCAUUUCGUCAAAGAUCACAUGGACCACGUGGAGAAUCCCGGUGAGGAAAUGAGGCAGACUUUGGUGGUGCUGUUCCAGGUUUGGUUCCGGGUGGCGGCUGAGGAGGACUCCCGGGCCAAACAGGUAGCUAUGUACCUCAGAGAGGUGAGAAUGGCCACGCCCUCGCUCCUCCCCUUCCUGGUCAACAUGGCAGACGACAAUGGCAACACUGCGCUGCACUACAGUGUGUCCCACACCAACUACAUGAUUGUCAGUCUGCUCCUGGACACAGGCGUGUGUGAGGUGGACCUCCAGAACAAGGCAGGGUACACCGCGGUGAUGCUGGCCUCCCUGACGGCCCCCGGCGACUCUGGGGACAUGGAGGUGGUCCGCCGACUCAUGGAGCUUGGGGACGUUAACGCUCGAGCUAACCAGGGCGGUCAGUCAGCUCUGAUUUUGGCGGCGAGACACGGCCGGGCCCUGAUGGUGCGCUUGUUGCUGCGCUACGGGGCCGAACCCAACGCCCAGGACAACCAGGGGGCCACGGCUCUGAUGUGUGCCUGUGAGAGGGGUCACACACACAUCGUGCGCCUGCUUCUGGACAGGGCGGAGUGUGACACCAGCCUUAUGGACCGGCGUGGUCGCACGGCCCUCUCGGUGGCGCAGCACGGGUCUCACAGUGACAUCGCAGCCCUUCUCCAGGCACACCGCUCACAACGCGGGACGUCUGUCUGAGCCCAAGACAAAUGUUCUAGACUGUAGAGACCAGGGAACCCGACGUCUCUCCCUUGCUCGUCGGAGGUGGCCCGUGGCUCUUCUCUCCCUCUGCUGGGUUUAGGUUGUGUUGUCGGGGAUGUUCACUGUUCCCCACUGGGCUUGGAGUAAGCUCCCCACUUCCUGUUGCUGGAAAGGGCAAACCUUUUCUUAAAAGAGUCAUCUCUGGUAGUCUUAGUGUUAUUGUGACAGAUGAGGACCGGAGGAUGUUGCUGCCUGAUCCAUUAAUCAAUUAAUCAAAUUGAUUUAUAAAGCCCUUUUUACAUCAGCAGUUGUCACAAAGUGCUUUUACAAAACACCCAGCCUGAAACCCCAACGGUUUAAACUGUUUUCUGAUGCCUUUUUAUAUUGAUGCAAUUCUCUGUUUUCUACCUGGGUAAAUAGCAGUGGACUCGUCAGGCAAUCCAUAACAUGAACUGACCCACAUGCCAUUAAGGUUGAGCCCCCUGUGGACUGGAGCUUUGAAACCCUCAACGGAGAAAGAGCGUGCUCCAAGGAAAAUGCUGCUUUUAUUUUAAUAUAUGUUAUUCUGCCAGAACCUUGGUCUUUAUUAUGUGCAGCCGGAAAGACGGCAGUUGACUGAUAGAGGAAAAUACAUCUAGUUGGUAUUCACGUCUGAUCCACUUCCCAUGGGGCAUUUCAGCUGGAGGAGUGUUACAGUAAAUAUGGAGUCUAUUUACAUUUACGCUGCCCUGGAUUGAACCGUAUCCUGCUAUCGGCAAUAUGUUUAAUGUAAAUCUCAAUAGGUUUGAAGUAAAAUAUAGGUAUGCUAUAAAGGUGAAGUUGG